AAGAAAUUCCUACUCAAAACUGAAACUCCCAUCUUCUCUCUAAUCUCUCUGUGUGUUCUUCAAAGUCUACUCCUUCAAAAAAAUCUUCGCCGGCUUUCUCUUCUCCUUCCUAACCCUUCCCCCCAAAAACCCCAGAUUUAGGGUUAGGGUUUGAGUUUUCGAAUUUCCGAUUCGAAUUGCACAAAGAAAUGGGGAAAGGCGGAGCUUUAUCAGAAGGCGUGGUGAAGAACGUCCUGCUAUCCUACGCCUAUGUCUCCGUAUGGAUCUUCCUCAGUUUCACUGUGAUUGUCUACAACAAGUACAUCUUGGACCGAAAGAUGUACAACUGGCCGUUCCCGAUCUCGCUCACCAUGAUCCACAUGGCCUUCUGCUCUUCCUUGGCUUACCUUCUCGUCCGGGUCUUCAAGGUCGUCGAACCCGUUUCCAUGACCCGGGAACUCUACCUCAAAUCCGUCGUGCCCAUCGGAGCUCUCUACUCUCUCUCCCUCUGGUUCUCCAAUUCCGCUUAUAUCUAUCUGUCUGUCUCCUUCAUCCAGAUGCUUAAGGCUCUUAUGCCCGUCGCCGUUUACUCCAUUGGGGUUUCCUUCAAGAAGGACUCUUUCAAAUAUGACACCAUGAUCAACAUGGUUUCGAUCUCUCUUGGAGUCGCCAUCGCCGCUUACGGUGAAGCUAAAUUCGAUUCGUGGGGUGUCUUCCUGCAGCUCUGUGCCGUUGCUUUCGAGGCAACCAGGUUGGUUCUGAUUCAGAUUCUGCUUAAUGCCAAAGGGAUUAGCCUGAACCCCAUCACUUCGCUUUACUAUGUCGCUCCUUGUUGUUUCGUCUUCUUGUGCGUCCCCUGGGUGCUUGUUGAAUUUCCUCUGUUGAGGGAUACAUCGAGCUUCCAUUUCGAUUUCUUCAUUUUCGGGACGAACUCAUUCUGUGCCUUCGCCUUGAACCUCGCUGUGUUCUUGCUUGUCGGGAAGACUUCGGCUUUGACCAUGAAUGUUGCUGGGGUUGUCAAGGAUUGGCUUCUGAUCGCCUUCUCUUGGUCGGUGAUUAAGGAUACGGUGACACCCAUUAAUCUGUUUGGGUACGGAUUGGCUUUCCUGGGAGUUGCGUAUUACAACCAUUCGAAAUUGCAGGCGCUUAAAGCCAAUGAGGCUCAGAAGAAGACCCAGCAGGCCAAUGAGGAAGCUGGGAGGUUGCUGGAGGAGAGAGAUAAUGAUGGGGUCGGAAGGAAGAACGAAACAGAGAAUUGAUUUCAACAGCUAAUCUGAAAGCUUUGGCGUGCAAAUGGGUAGGAAAAGAAAAGGAAGAAAGAGCAAACCAGGUAGAAGAGGAUCUACUAAAGAAAUUGCAAAAAACUCAAUGCUGGUUUAAUUCGCUGUUUGCACGUUUAGAUUUGAAGGUUUUGUUUUUUGGUACGUGGUCUAAGAUAUUUAUUAUUAUACUUAGUUUUGUAGCAUUUUUUAUUUGGCUCUUUAUUGUUCAAUUUAGAUAUGGCCCUUUCUCUAGGCCAUUGGAUGAUGGCUCAGAGUUGAUCUGUGCCGGUGGAUUUGACAAUUUAUCAUUAUGGUAUAAGAUUAUUACUGAUGUUUAUGGAGCUAUUUAUUGCUUUUUUCA